AUGCAUGUUCGGAAAGCAGUUACCGUGCGCCGCCCUGGCAGACAUCUUCCCGUAAGCAGGCGCCGUUAUGUAUAUGCUCUUCCUAAUGCUCUCCCUAUUCCUCCCCCCUUACACCCUCAUCGCACCCCUCAUCGCACACGCCUUAACGAAACCAUCAUGAUCUUCUUCAACCGGAAACCCAAAACGUCUUCACUACCACCAGGGUGGCCCUCGCCAUACCAUAACAAAUGUUCCCAACACGAUUGCCUUUAUCCCAACAGUCCACAAACCGUCAAGGGCGUCUAUCAAUGUCGGGGCGUUCCCGGCGGAUUCUUCUGUGAAGGGACCUACAAGAUAUCGUCCUCUCGCGCACAGGAAUCAGAAGGCUAUCUGAAGGAGAUGGCCACGAGAUGUCGAGCUGCUGCAGAGGAAGAGCAAAGAAAACGCACGGUGUCGGAAAUGAGACGACCCGAUCUGAACUCCCGUCGGCGAGAUGUAGGACCACCUGUGCAUUACAAGGUGUUGGACGAUAGAUCUCGAUCUGCGUAUGGUCAGCCUCGUACGGUGGCCGUGCGACCCAGUGAAACAACUAAGAGACCGCAAAUCUCUACCAGCAGACGGCCGUCGUACGCAGGGCAUAGACCAUCACAAACUCAGAUUGAGCAAGAAUACAUGACCGAUCAAAUUAUGAUGCACUUGUACCCGGAACGACAAAUCCACCCUCGGUGGUACGUCUUCAUUGCUGAGCAUACUAUCCGCCGACUAAUCCCGGUAUUUUAG